AUGAGUGCCCGCCGAGGACUUCGUACGCGCAUGUAUGACGCCAACAUGAGCAUGGUGGAGAACAACUACCGGGCCGCCCUGGAGCGUCUCGAGAAGAGUCGCCGCGCACCGUCACUCGAUCGGGAGGUGAAGCCACGCGGCUCACCGUUCGUCAGCCGGUACGACUUUAACGGUGCGGAAGUGGACGACGAGCUGCAGAUCGCCCGCAGCCGUGCCGCCAAGGUGAUCCACGAGAAGUCGGUCAUUGACCAGCGUGCGGAGCAGUUCCGCAGCUCCAGCCUUGCGCCGGCACCGGUCAGCUCGGCGCUGGCGCUCGAGGGCGAGUUCGACGAUCAGGUCCAGGCAACGCUAGAUCGCAUCCGGGCGAGCAAGAAUCUGCUCAGUCAGCUGCAGUCGGACGAUGCCCUGGAGUCCUACCGCACCGAAGCACGCUCGAAGCUAAGCGAACAGACUGCCCGCAAGCUGGCAGAUAAGCUGUCGUUGGUAAACAGUGAUGAGGACGAAUUUACCUCCACCGGCAUGACGGCACGCAAGGCACUCAAGAUCCGUGCCAGCACCGAAACGUCCUCGAUGGCCAAGAGCUCCCAGGCGCUGAAGUGGAAAGACGAAACGGCCGAAUCGUACGCAAGCAAGCGAGCCAGCGCGACGAAGGCACGCCUGCAAGACAUCGACCAGGAGAUUGAGGAUUUCGAGGCGAAGCAGGCGGCACGGGCCCGACGCAAUGCCCAGCUGAAGCAGCUGCUGGCGGAAACGGCCGCCCAGGACAUUGUUCCGGCCAGCCUAAGCGAGCACGCCGACGGUAUGCGAGUGACGACGGGUGUGAUGAAGGUGAAGACAACGCAGAAGAAGAUGGUCAGCUUCUAA